CUACGCGCGUUGGUUUGUUUUCUGGAAAGAAGAGAACAUGAGUAACAUUUAUAUACAAGAGCCACCUUCGAAUGGCAAGGUUUUGCUUAAAACAACUGCUGGGGACAUUGACAUUGAAUUAUGGUCAAAAGAAGCACCAAAAGCAUGCAGAAACUUUGUUCAGCUUUGCUUGGAAGGUUAUUAUGAGAACACAAUAUUUCACAGAGUUGUCCCAGAAUUUAUAGUGCAAGGGGGAGAUCCCACUGGUACUGGAUUAGGAGGUGAAUCAAUUUAUGGAAAACCUUUUAGGGAUGAAUUCCAUUCGCGACUCAGAUUUAACCGACGAGGGCUUGUUGCCAUGGCGAAUGCUGGUCCUCAUGAUAAUGGAAGCCAAUUUUUCUUUACACUUGGUCGUGCCGAUGAGCUUAAUAGCAAGCAUACCAUCUUUGGAAAGAUUACUGGAGAUACGAUAUAUAAUCUACUGAGAUUGGCAGAAGUUGAUAUCGGGAGAGAUGAGAGACCUGUGAACCCACAUAAGAUUAAAACCAGUGAGGUAUUGUUUAAUCCUUUUGAUGACAUAAUUCCUAGAGUUAUUAAAAAGUCAAAAAAGGAAAAACAAGAGGAGGAAACUAAAAAAACAAAGGUUAAAGGCACAAAGAACUUUAAUUUACUUUCAUUUGGAGAAGAAGCUGAAGAGGAGGAGGAAGAAGUUAAUAAAGUCAGUGAGACUUUAAAAGGAAAAAGUAAAAGCAGCCAUGAUCUUUUGAAGGAUGAUCCUCGGUUGAGUUCGGUUCCUGCUGUAGAGAGUUCAACAGAGUCCAAGCCUCUUAAUAGUGACACAGAUAAUGAUGAUUCUGAUGCUGAAAGUGAAGAUUGUGAUGAAAUUGAUAGCGAUGAAAAAGAUCAAAUAAAAAAUCGCAUAUCUAACAAACUAAAAAAAGAUUCAAGCAAAACCAUUAAACCUACUAUGAAAUUACCUGAUGAUGAGACUGAGAGAAAAGGCAGCCGCAGCGAGGAACUACGGAAAGAAGCACGGCAACUAAAAAGAGAACUAAAAGCAGCAAAACAAAAGAAAGAAGACGAUGCAAAGAAAACUGAAACCACAAUAGAAAUCCAAAAGAAAGUUACUGAUGUUGCUAUUGAAGAAUACCUCAAAGAAAAGGAAAAGUAUGAAGAUAGAAAGAAGAAUUCAGUGAAAGGUCUAUCCAGAGAGCAACAGACAUUAGCUCUGCUGGGCCAGUUUAAAUCAAAGCUUACACAGGCAAUUUCUGAAACACCAGAAGAAGUAUCAGAUACAGACGCGGAGGAUGACACAGGAUGGCUUUCUCAUGUUCUUCAGUUUGAUGAGAAAAGCAGUAAGGUAAAAGAUGCCAAUAUGCAAGAUGCAGAUACUUUUGAAAUAUAUGACCCUCGUAACCCAGUUAACAAGAGGAGAAGAGAGGAAAGCAAAAAGCUCAUGAAGCAGAAAAAAGAAAAACGGUGAAGGAAGUGUCCAUUCUGGUGAUCUCCCUUCUCAAAAUGUGGCAUCAUGUGAAAAUAUGUUUAAAUAUGACAUGACUUUUUAAACUGGCACAAUUAAACAUUCUAUAAUUUUUUGAAGCGGUCAUCUUUGCAAUUUAACAUAAAUCACUCAUUUUAUAAAUUAUAUAAUUUGCGGUAUAAAAAGGUUUCAACAAAUCUUUAAAAAAGUGACUCCAGCCUUGGCAGGUAUCAUAAAAGAAAGACCUUUAUUGUAGCUUGGUUCGCACAAAAGCAACAAUGUUUCAGACCUGUGCUAGGUCCUUAGUCAUGAGACAUAACUAAGGACCUAGCACAUGUCUGAAACAUUGUUGCUUUUGUGUGGACCAAGGUACAAUAAAGGUACUUUUUUCAAGAUUUGCUGAUACGGAGGGGUGGCUGACUCCUUACUGCUGUGCCUAAUUGUUUCGGCUGCUGUUCCCCACUUCUUUGCUUUACUGUAUAAAAUGGUUUCAAAACAGUCUUUUCAGUUUUCUCUGUAACAAAUUAUUUGAAUUAUGUUGAGUAAAGAGAAAGCAAUUCUUUAUUUAUUGAAGAUUAGCUUUUCGAAUAUUUUUGUUCAUUUAGAAAUAAACUGUAUAAUCUACUAAAUAA